AUGUCUAAACAAGCCACAUCUAAGUAUUUAGACAAUAAAAAUAUUAUCAAGGAGCUUAUUAGAUCCUCGCCUAAAAAGUACAAAGCAAUAGUUAUUUCAGACUCAGAAGAUGAAGAUCAAAAGAAAGCCAUCUUAAUCUCAGAUUCAGAAAAUUAUGAUGAUAACUCGUACACAAGUGAGUACAACUACAAAAUGCACAAUAAUAAUAAGAAAAAUAAAAAUUAUUCUGAUUCUUAUGUUGAAGAUUACAAUACAUAUGCAACAGAAUCAGAUUAUCAAUCCAAUUUAUCAUAUACAACUAAUGGAGAUUAUACACCUUCAAUUUCGACAUAUUCUACUCAAUCGAAUUUAUCUUAUGAUUCAGAACAAUCAUAUAAUGAUACUUAUGAUCCAUAUUCAUCAUGUGCCACUUACAAUAGCAAUUGCAGUUCAAAUCCAAGAAUUUGCCCAAAUUGCUCUAAAGUUCUCUCAGAUUCUUCAUAUCUCACUGAUGAUUCAGAUGCUUCUGAAGAUUAUGAAAGCGUUUAUGAUUCAGUACAGAACUCUGAAUCCUACGUGUCUGAUAAUGAGGACCCAAUCCCCUACAAAUCCUCAAAGAAAAGAUUUGAUCCAAGAGUCGAACUUAAACAGCAAAGAAGAGCAACCAACACAAAAAGAAUUCUUGAUAAUCGCCUUAAAUGCGAUGACGUUCCUUCUCCGCAAGUGAUUAUUUCACCACGUCAGCCAUCUCCGAUGAGAUUAGCUAUCAAAGCUAAGAAUAAAGAAGUUAAAUCACUUCUUGAAAGAUGCUACGAAAAGCUUGUUGCAAAAAAGGCUGCAGAGAAACAGAGAAGGGAGGAAGAAGCAAGGAAGAAAGCAGAAGAAGAAAUCAUACGAAAGAGGAAGAAAUGCGUUAAAGAGUUACUUGAACAGCUCAGAUUAAAGAAGGAAAAUCCAGACAGAUAUAUUUCUACAUACAGAAGACCGGUUAAAUGCAUGGUUGACGAUAGUGAUUCUUACUUAAGCAAUGCAAACUCAUAUUACUCAGAUUAUUCUGAUGAUUAUUACUCAGAUGAUUAUGAAGACUAUACUUACGACUCUUAUGCAUACUCAUAUGCUGAUUGA